CGGGUUAGAGACCCAGUCCUGAGCCUGUGAGUCUUCCCUCCUCCGUGUCUCCUCUCCUCCCACUGGCCGUGUCCCUCCUCCCCCAGACUAGCAGCCUCAGUCUCUAGCUUAGUAGUGUCGGCCCUUCAUGGAGCCCCCCGGCCCGCUCUUCUCCUCCUGCAUCUCCUGACACAAAGCCCGGACCCCCCGCGCCUCUCUCGUUUCCCCUCCAAGGCCCUAAACCACAGUCCCUUUGGGCCCCCCUCCCCCGAACCUUCCCCUGGAUUUAUGGUGGAGCAUCGGCCCGGCAUCAUGCAGCCCCCGCCGAGGAAGGUGAAAGUUACACAAGAGCUGAGAAACAUUCAAGCCGAACAGAUGACAAAACUGCAAGCCAAGCACCAAGCCGAAUGCGAUUUGCUGGAAGAUAUGAGAACAUUCAGCCAGAAGAAAGCUGCAGUGGAAAGAGACUAUGCCCAGACUCUCCAGAAGUUAGCUAGUCAGUAUCUGAAGAAGGAGUGGCCAGCAGUGAAGUCGGAGGAAAGAAGCGAGUACAGAAGUAUAUAUACGGUCUGGAAGUCUUAUCUGGAAGGAACAAUGCAGGUGUCACAGUCUCGUAUUAACAUCUGUGAAAAUUAUAAGAAUUUAAUCUUCGAUCCUGCAAGGACGGUAAAAAUGUACAAGGAGCAGCAGUUAAAAAGGUGUGUAGACCAGUUGACAAGGAUCCAGAACGAGCUUCAAGAGACAGUAAAGGAUUUAGCAAAGGCCAAAAAGAAGUACUUUGAGGCCGAACAGAUGGCUCAUGCAAUGCGGGAAAAAGCCGACAUCGAUGCCAAAUCCAAACUCAGCCUGUUCCAAUCGAGGAUAAGUUUACAGAAGGCAAAUGUGAAGUUAAAAGCAAGACGGUCAGAGUGCAAUGUCAGAGCAACCCAUGCGAGGAAUGACUAUCUCCUUACCCUGGCAGCUGCAAACGCCCAUCAGGACCGCUACUAUCAGACUGACCUGGCAAACACCAUGAAGGCACUCGAUGGCAACGUGUACGAUCAUCUAAAGGACUAUCUUAUGGCAUUCAACAGGACGGAAAUAGAGACUUGCCAGGCUGUACAGAAUACAUUCCAGUAUUUAUUAGAAACCUCCAGUCGGGCUUUCAUGCAACUGAAAUUCCCUUCUGCGGUGAUGCGGGAUUACAAUCUACAGUUGUUCAUGCAAGAAAAUUCAGUAUUUCACAAAGCACAGCCUUUCCAGUUCCUGCCGUCUGACAGUGACACAAGCAGGCAACUGGAAUCUGAAACCGGCACUACAGAAGAGCACAGCCUAAAUAAAGAGGCUCGGAAAUGGGCAACGCGCGUGGCACGAGAGCACAAAAACAUCAUCCAUUGUCAGAGGGCACUUGAUGACCUUGAAUGUCAGAGCACUCCGGUUACAGAGCAAAGUCGGAUGGAACUUGAACAAAAAAUAGAAGAAACUCGAGAGAACAUCCGCAAGGCUGAGAUCACAAAGCUAAAAGCUGAAGCUCGCCUGGAUCUCUUAAGGCAAAUAGGCGUUUCUGUGGACACAUGGCUGAAGAGCGCAAUGAAUCAGGUGAUGGAAGAGCUGGAGAAUGAGCGCUGGGCAAGCCUCCCUACACUGCUGAAUAAUGGCUCCUCUCACUUGGGAAGCACAGAUGUCGAUAGGGAGGAGGGAGAGGAUCUUGAGGACAGCAUGGAUGCAUUUGAUGACAGCAGCUCAAGUCCAUCUGGCACUUUAAGAAACUAUCCAUUGACCUGCAAAGUUAUAUACUCUUAUAAGGCUUCUCAACCUGAUGAGCUCACUAUAGAGGAACAUGAAAUGCUGGAAGUGAUUGAAGAUGGAGACAUGGAAGACUGGGUGAAGGCUAGAAAUAAAUCUGGGCUAAUAGGAUACGUUCCAGAGAAAUACCUCCAAUUUCCAACAUCAAACAGUCUACUAAGCAUGCUCCAGUCGCUGGCCGCACUGGACAGCCGGUCACACACAUCCAGCAAUUCCAAUGACGUAGAGAUGGUCUCAGGGAGCAUAAAUGGCGACUCCAAUGUUUGUUUUGUAAAAGCACUUUAUGAUUAUGAUGGCCAGACGGAAGAUGAGCUGUCAUUCCCAGAAGGAGCAAUCAUCCGAAUACUGAACAAGGAGAAUCAGGACGAUGAUGGAUUCUGGGAAGGAGAGUUCAAUGGUCGUUUUGGAGUUUUUCCUUCUGUGUUAGUUGAAGAACUAUCUGGUUCUGAGAAUGGUGAUUCCCAGUGGGUUGGAGAUUGUCAGGUAUCUCCAUCACCAAAACCUCAGUCUUCUCUUCCUCCUCUGCCCCUGUAUGACCAACCUCCCACCAGUCCAAUAUUUAGUCCAGAUAAAAGGAGCUCCCAGUUUGUCCCUCCGUCACCUACUGUAAAUGAAAAUAGCAUCACUUUGGAUUCUCCAGGGAUGUCCCAGCCUCCAAGGACCACCCCAGAGACCUACCAUAGCAAGCUGAGACCUGUGCGAGCGGCCCCGCCCCCUCCAACGCAGGCGCACCGGCGGCCAGCCGAGAAGACAGAGGAUGUAGAGAUAACGUUGGUUUAACAACGGUUUCCCCUAAACCUUGCUGCAAUCGAGGCCAAAUUUGGUCUAGAUUGAAUUUUUAGGCACCAUCUGCAUGUUGAGAUCCUUGCCAGAAGGAGGAAGAAGUUGAAGGCUUUUCUACCGCAGUCGACCAAUGGUGGACUUUAUUAUGUGCCUUUUUUUGUUGUAUCUUCUUUUCCUUGAUUUACAAAUGGUAUGUGACUUCCCUUAGCACAUGUGACAUGUUAAACAACGUGCAAUUCCAAGCUGAGCCAAAUCAUUUGAACCAGAGAUCUAUCUAGCAGGUAAACAGAUUUUCUAUAAAUGAAACAAUUGUUUCUUUACCCCUGCUUAUUAUGUUAACUUUACAAUUAAGACAUUUUAUUUGAUGUACACUUUAAAACUGGUUGCUAAAAACCCUCUAUAUUCGUUUUCAUCAGAAUAAGAUUAUGUGGACUUUAAUCUGAUGAUUUUACAUUUCAGGCAUUUGUCUUAUUGUUAACUGUUAGCUAUGUCACUGGUGAGUGGUGUGGCCGUGCGGGUAUUGCACUAAUAAGCUAAGGCUUAUAGAAUGUCCUCAUACAUGCAGCAUAGUCAUAGAAUACUUCUAUCAGGUGCGUUAGUACAGUAUAUUACUGUUGCCAUAGGAAUGUGUUUAUUGUCCAAUUUCUCCUGGUAUCUGAUUGUGUAUUUAUCAGAAGUUAUCAAGGAAUCCCCUCUAAAGCUGCUAAACAUUUCUGGCAGUGAUGGGGUUACAUAAAGGGAAACUAAGAGGCUGGCUCCUCUCAAUAUUACCCUGGAAAAUAUAAAAAGCAAUGUUCUGUAAAAAAAAACAUAUGGUGGCGCGUUUAACAAUACACGUCUCAUCAAUUAUUAACCGUUCAAAAACCAUGUAACUAAAUGUUCUAUUAAUAUUCAUGCGGCUCAUUUAGCAUAGUGUAACCAGCAGCUGUGGCUCCUAGCAAAUGGGAGACAUAUACCCAAUAAACAAUUAUAGCUCGGCAUCCGAUCUACGCUUGUGAACAAAACCAACCCUUUAUUUUACUAGUCUUUUGCUUGUAUACUUUAUUUGAAGUGCUAAAAUGCUGCUCAUCUCUUGAUAAGUAACGUAACAUAUUAAAGCAAAACUCCCUCGUCAAUCGUCAUGUACUAUUGGGGUUUAUCACCUUUACCUUUCAACAUUCUCCCCUUGCGUGUCAGAUUUUGGCGUCCUCAUCGCCUAUUUGCAUUAUUUUUCCUUCGUCCUUACUUAUGAAUGUAACAAAUAGAAUUCUUACAGGAAUACACAAUAUCCCAAAGAACCCAACAUUCUAUAAGACAACUGAAGUUAUAGACCGUUUAUUGUUUCUGGCGAGUGGCGCCUAAUGCGAGGAGUGAUUUUUAACUCCUGGUUUAAAAGCAUUUAUUUUUUUAGUACUUUAUUGUAUCAAACUAUCCCCACUUAAAUACACUAUCUACAGUAUAAUUAGAUUUUCUAAUACCCCCAGCCAUUUGUUUUAUAAAGUGUUUGUUUUGUUUUUCCCCAAACGUUUUAAGGGGCGAUGAUCUGUUUUGCAAGAAUGUGUUUAACCUACUGCGAGAGUUAAUCAGUUUGUUUAUGUGAGGCUCCAGCAUUCGGAUAUUCCUUGUGCACAAAAUGAGCCAUAUUUUAUGUGUUUGAACAAUGUUCAAAUGUAUCUUCGUUGAAGAUUAUUUUAAAAUUGAAUUCUUUAGUUUUAGGACCCCCUCAAUAUUCCCUUUUCAAUUCUGCGUUUUGUUUUUGUUUUUUAAUUUAAAAUUUUAAUGUUUACGUAAUAUAUCUGCAACAACCGCUGGCUUGAAAAGUAAUUUCAGUAGUAAUUAACUCCUUUUUCUGCCAGGGAUUAUUUUUCCCGCCUGUUUGGCAGAGAUGGUUCAGUUCCGAAAACAUUUCUGUAAACCAUUUGGCCAGUUUUUCUCCACAACCGUUACAUAAAAUAAGUGUUAUUUGAAAAAAGAAAAAAAAAAAUAAGACAUAUGUAAAAUAAAUAAAUAAAAAUAUUUUCCAAUAAGAGCUGCUAAUUUUAUUUAACAAGGUUGUAAAAAAAUGCCUCUAACUUCAUGUAGGACAUUACAUCCAUCUAUCACAGUGUACAGUGUCAAUACUCAAAGAAAAGGUGCAAUGUUUCUUUGUAUUGGCUGUAAAAAAAAGUUUGUAUUUAUUAUGUAUAAAAUGUUGAAUAAUAAAAAGUGGAAUAUACAGAUCACAA